ACUGGGAUUGUCCUAAAUCUUAGUGGCCUGCUUCUGUUUGGUGGGGUUACAGGCUCUGCUGUUAUUGCAGCAGGUCGACCUUCCAUCUGUAAUCUGCUCACAUGCGGGACGGCGCCUGUUGAUGACUAGUCUGAUAACCGGUAUUUACAUUACAUCACUCCUUUUCAUUCCAACAUUAAUGCAUAACUACAGGUGGAGCCAGCAGGUUGCACUUGACAAUUUCAGAUUAUCAUACAGGCAGAAGGUGUUUGUCCUCGAACACAAAGCAAACAUGGACUCCGCAAUCAUCGUCCCUAAUAUCGAGUCGUGAACACGAGGCUCUUUUGUCUUUUAUUUUGCUUCACUACAAAGAUUAAACAAAAAUAAAACAGCACCACAGCAUGUAUUUUGUGUAUAGCUUUUUUAUUGCUCAAGCAUUACACAUCAUAUCCAGUGCUUCUUUUCACUGUAGCCAAGUCAACAGGUAACCCCGAUUGACAAACCAGCGGAGAAUCCACAGGUGUCGCAACCUUGAUUUACCUGGUUUUCUUUUGGUGGGAAAUGUUCGUCGUCAGCAGGAUCAUUAUUUUACUCACUGUCCAAAAUAAUUGAACAGGAUUAGCCAUCCUGUGAGGGAAGUGCAGCUUUAGAUGGACCCAAUUAUACUGAAGAAAAAAAUCUACAACUUGUUAUUGCUGCUCUUUUGGGAAACACAUUUCAGCUCUAAACAGAAAAACUCACAUAGAUAAAGAGGAUGAUCUUGUCAACAAGCAGAGUAAUGACAUAAUGUAGUCAUAAACCAGAAUUCAAGAUUGUACAAUCCGUUUAAUCAUAUUAAUCAGUUAAUAUAAAUUGAAGUAGCAGGUUUAACAAACUGUAAUAAUCUCACCACAGCCACAUCUUAUCGUUUCAUCCAGCAGGUGGCGCUCCAGCUCCUGUCAGUGACGCAUGCGGAGACCCGGCCCCUCCUGCGCGGGGCUCGGAUCCUGGAUGCUGAGCUGCGUGCAGAGGCGUUAACGCACCGCGCUGCGCCGCACCGCACCGCAUCGCACCGCGCCGCACCGCGCUGAGGAGGCAGCCGAUGAGCAGAGCAGACGAACACUCUCCUCCGCACGCAGCGAGCCACAGCCGCAGAGACCAUGGAGCCCGACGGCAGACCGAGGAGUAAAAGGUUCCCCUGCAGACGAGACGACUGAGUGCCGAGGCGGGAUGGCGGGGGGUCGGAGGGGACUUGUGGCCCCACAGAAUACUUUUUUGGAGAAUAUUGUCAGACGGUCGAACGUUUGGACACUGUCACAUAAACAGACAGAUACCAACUUUGUCCUGGGAAACGCCCAGAUAGUCGACUGGCCCAUCGUCUACAGCAAUGACGGUUUCUGCAAGUUGUCGGGGUACCACAGAGCAGAAGUGAUGCAGAAAAGCAGCACCUGCAGCUUUAUGUACGGGGAGCUCACGGACAAGGACUCGACGGAAAAAGUGCGCCUAACUUUCGAGAAUUACGAGAUGAAUUCGUUUGAAAUACUGAUGUAUAAGAAAAACCGGACGCCCGUUUGGUUCUUUGUGAAGAUCGCUCCCAUUCGGAACGAACAAGAGAAAGUGGUCUUGUUCCUUUGCACGUUCAGUGACAUCACGGCAUUCAAACAGCCCAUUGAAGACGAUUCCUCCAAAGGCUGGGGGAAGUUCGCCCGGCUGACUCGAGCUCUGACCAGCAGCCGAGGAGUCCUGCAGCAGCUGCAGCCCACGGUCCACCAGGGAGAGAACGUCCACAAGCACUCGCGCCUGGCUGAGGUACUGCAGCUGGGCUCAGAUAUCCUACCUCAGUACAAACAGGAGACCCCCAAAACCCCUCCGCACAUCAUCCUGCACUACUGCCUCUUCAAGACCACGUGGGACUGGGUCAUCCUCAUCCUCACCUUCUACACCGCCAUCAUGGUGCCCUACAACGUCUCCUUCAAGACCAAGCAGAACAACGUGACGUGGCUGGUGGUGGACAGCAUCGUGGACGUCAUCUUCCUGGUGGACAUCGUUUUGAACUUUCACACCACGUUCGUGGGACCCGCCGGCGAGGUCAUCUCGGACCCCAAACUGAUCCGGAUGAACUACCUGAAGACGUGGUUUGUCAUCGACCUGCUGUCCUGCCUCCCGUACGACGUCAUCAACGCCUUCGAGAAUGUCGAUGAGAAUUGGAACCACCAAGCUGUCACUCAAGGGAUCAGCAGUCUGUUCAGCUCGCUCAAGGUGGUCCGGCUCCUCCGUCUGGGUCGGGUCGCCCGUAAGCUGGAUCACUACAUUGAGUACGGGGCGGCCGUACUGGUCCUGCUGGUGUGUGUUUUUGGACUGGCCGCUCACUGGCUGGCUUGCAUUUGGUUCAGCAUCGGCGAUUACGAGGUCAUCGACGAAGAAACCAACAUCGUGCGCAUGGACAGCUGGCUCUACAUCCUGGCAGAGACGGUGGGCAAUCCGUACCGCUUCAACGCCAGCGGCACGGGGAAGUGGGAGGGGGGGCCCAACAAAGACUCCGUCUACAUCACCUCGCUGUACUUCACCAUGACCAGCCUGACGAGCAUCGGCUUCGGGAACAUCGCCCCGACCACGGACGGGGAGAAGAUCUUCGCAGUGGCCAUGAUGAUGAUUGGAUCUCUUCUGUACGCCACCAUCUUCGGUAACGUGACCACCAUCUUCCAGCAGAUGUACGCUAACACCAAUCGGUACCAUGAGAUGAUCAACAGCGUCCGGGACUUCCUCAAGCUCUACCAGGUGCCGAAGGGCCUGAGUGAAAGAGUGAUGGACUACAUCGCCUCCACCUGGUCCAUGUCCCGGGGAAUCGACACGGAAAAGGUGCUGCAGAUCUGCCCGAAGGACAUGAGGGCCGAUAUUUGUGUUCACCUCAACCGGAAGGUGUUCAAGGAGCACCCGGCGUUCCGGCUGGCCAGCGACGGGUGUCUCCGAGCGCUGGCCAUGGAGUUUCAGACCAUCCACUGCGCCCCCGGUGACCUGAUCUACCACGCGGGGGAAAGCGUGGACAGCCUCUGCUUCGUGGUGUCGGGGUCGCUGGAGGUCAUUCAGGAUGAAGAGGUGGUGGCAAUUCUAGGCAAAGGAGACGUAUUUGGAGACGUCUUCUGGAAAGAAGUGACUCUGGCUCAGGCCUGCGCCAACGUCCGCGCACUGACCUACUGCGACCUCCACGUCAUCAAACGGGACGCCCUGCAGAAGGUGCUGGAGUUCUACACAGCGUUUUCCAACCACUUCUCAAGGAAUCUGCUGCUCACUUACAACCUGCGGAAACGGAUCGUCUUCCGAAAAAUCAGUGACGUGAAACGGGAGGAAGAGGAGCGCCAGAGACGGAAGAAUGAAGCCCCUCUGAACCUGCCCCCGGACCACCCGGUGAGAAAACUCUUCCAGCGCUUUCGGCAGCAGAAGGAGGCGCGCCACGUGCCGGAACUGGACGACCACGACGUCGAGAAGGGCCCCGCGUACGUGGACAUCCCGGCAUGCAGAGCGUCCGUCGCCGCCGCCGCCUCCACCACCACCAGCAUCGUCACGGUGACGGAGAGCCCGGCGACGCCCUCGUCCUCGGCGCCCUCGUCUUCGGCGCCCACCGCCUGUCCUCCCUCGGGCAAGGCCAAGCUGCAGGUGCCGGUCCCCGUUUCUCUGAUAGGAGGCCGCGCCAACGAACCGGUGAAGGUGAAAGGCUGGGGCCUCUUCAAGGAGUCCGUGGUCAAAGCCGACAACUGGAAGAAGGUGUCCAAAGCCGAGUCCAUGGAGACUCUGCCCGAACGGACCAAGGCGCUCGAGUCGCAGACGUCCCUGAGGAAGACGGACUCGUGCGACAGCGGCAUCACCAAAAGCGACCUGCGCCUGGACAAAGCGGGCGAAUUCCGCCUGACGCCCCAGGACCGCAGCCCCGUCCAGCCGCCGGAGAGCCGGCACGGCUUCUACCCGAUCCCGGAGCAGACGCUGCAGGCGUCGCUCCAGGAGCUCAAGCUGGAGCUGAAGGACGACCUCAAGAGCCUGGACGUCCGGAUGUCCGGCCUGGAGGCGCAGCUCACCGAGGCACUUCAGCUCCUCAAGGCCAGGGGGUCGAGCGCCGGCUCCCCGCAACAACUUUUUGACAUUUCCAGACCGGCGUCGCCAGAGCUGGACAAAGAGGACAUCUUCUCAUGAGGGGGAGAAAGGUUUAACCGGUCAGGUUAACCGCGCACUAAGCUGGUAUCCAGAUUGCCUGGAGAGCCGAGGCGGCAUCGGGUGCACCUUUUAGAUUAGGCGACAGCGUGGUCUUAAAGACGCACCGGCCUUCAUCACACGGGUGUACCUGUCCGUCGGCACGGGGAGGUCGAGGUCGUGACACUGAACGCUGACAGCUCUUUCCGUCUGUACAUACAUUUGGAGUUUCGCACUUCAAUGGAAAAAUUGCUUGAGCGGUUUGUUUUUUUUAAUCUCGAUUUCAGAGAGCGCGAUGACGGAAGGACACUGUUGUAUCUCUGUUGGGAAGAGAAUGGAAACAGCAUGACCCACUGGUUUGUGAUGAAUCGUUUGUAUGAGAUUCUUUGCAUGUCACACAAAAUGCAGAUUGUGCAUAUUCGAUCGAUUUGAGGCCACGCGGCAAUGUCGUUAUUUCACCGUGACAGCGGGAAAGGACGGGCUUUCCAGACGACGACACCGUCUCGGAGUAAUUUCCUUCAGGCAAUUGACGAACUCUUCUUAUUAUAUCGACUGCCAGGAUCAUUCUUAAUUAUUCAACUCUGCCCAAGCAAUCAGAUAUGGAUGGAUGGGCUUGAGAUGAGCAAGUUACCCUUCUUUCUAGACAUCUAUCAUUUUGUUAUACACACAUUUAAACGCCACCUACACACGUGAUACAUUUGUAUGAUACAUAUUGAAGGGGUCUUGGCUUUGGUUAUGCAUAACUAGGUGAUGCAGAUGGUACUGAUAAUAAGAGUCAAGAACAUAUUAAUGAAUGCCCUUUUGCACAGUCUUUCUAAAAAUAAACUGUAUUGAUAAUUAAAGUUUUAGUGGUUUGUGUCAACAGACCUAUAUAGUCACUGGAACUUGUUUGAGGGAUUAUUUUAACUUUUAUGGCCACCGAGGUACAUUUUUAUACUACGCCAGUUGGAAUGCAUGGUUAAUGUGUUUUGUCUGUAAUAACACAGCUAAUCCCAUUCAAAUGAAUGACUUAAAAAUCAGAAAAUAAGUUUGUUAAACAAUUCAUUUUUCUUCUAACAUUUUAUUUAAAGAACAACAUACUUACACACUAACAAAAUGUUAGUGUUUCAAAAAAAUAUUUCAGAUGAGGGUUGAUUUGGAUCUUUGUAAUUAAAUUAGUAAUAUAUUGGAAACACAACAGAGAAAAGGCAUCAGUACCGAGGAUAGAACGAUACGAAUGAGGAAAUGUGCUUAAGAACCCUAAUAAGUCCACAGAAGCAGAUGCAGAAACCAUCAAAUGAAGCAGUUCUGUCAUCAAGCAAUAACUAUGCAUUAUUAGCUGUUAACAUAAACAAUCAUUUGAGGCUCCUUAAAAACGCUGGGAAGUAAGAACGGAAGUAACUCGGUAAAUGUAACGUUUUUUUUAGGCAGUGUUAUAAAAUCCAGAAAGUAUACAGUCUUUUACAUGGAACAAAAAUAACCAUCAUUCCAUAUAAUUUAUUAUUGAUGAUGGUAAUUCGUGCUGCCUGCGCGCCUUUCCUCUUAUCAAGUACAGAGACGAGCUGAGACACAGACGGCCCACGAGUUCUGCGCCUCCAUUUUCAUCAAACAUUCAGCUUACUUAAAAAUAAAUGGGCAAGUCAUCACAGAAGUGAGAAAUCAUUUUGUUUACGCCGGUGGCUGUGGGUCUUUUAUGGGUCUGUUUUUUUGACAAAGAUUGUGACUCUGGGGGGGGGGGGGGAGCACUAAAAUCACCCAUGACCUCUCCAUCACGGAGGCUUCAUAAACCGGCUGUUCACACGUGAGAAAGUAGUUCUGAAAUCAAACUGACGGCGGAAAAAUGGACGGACGGCAUCGAGUCUUAAUCGCAGUCUCGAUCUACGACGACAUCGAAGCUCUGUGGUGGAAACCUGCUCUAAUCUCUUCUUACUCUGGUGACUUUUUACAUUUUAAUAUCACAUCACCCAAAAGACUUAAAUAGACUUCUGAAUUUUAGGAUUCUGGCUACUUUUAUGACCACUGAGCGGGUUUGAGGCUCCGACCCGACACUGACGUACGCGAUGUGUCCAAAGGUUGUGUAGUGAUCAGCAUUGUUUAGCCUAAUCCCUGGAAGAUUGGCCCUUUUCUUCUGUGGUCGUGUUCAUCUCACACAUCUCAUUCGUUUAAUCUGAAAUAUAAAAGAUUUUUUAAAUUCAUUCGGAGCUUCGCGAUCCGUAUACCACCUCUUCCUGGUUUCAUGCUAAGCUAAGCUUCUGGCGCCAUGUAAAGCGGACGUGAGGGUGGCGUAGACCUUAUCUAAUAAAGUGAAUGCUGAACUGUUGCAACAAUUUCAUUUGUGCUGACGUUGGGUCGGUUUGUUUGUUUUAACGAGAGAAGCUUCAGUCUGGAGUGUGCAUGCGAGCUCAAGGUCACACGUCAAGUGACGUGGCGUUAAAUCUUUGAACAUGAAAUAAAUUAAAACAAACGAAAAAAGGUUUUAGCCCGCACUAACAUUUAAUGAUUACAAUGAGGUGCUGUUUGUCAUUUUUAAUGUUUAUGUGACUGAACAAUUCUAUACAUGCAUGUCAAAUAUUUUUCAAUGGAUGACAACUGAAUUGUUUCCCUUUGUAGUUACUUAUGGUGGAAUAUUGUUACACCCAUUUCCCUUCACCAAUGACACAGAUGAAUGACAAAAUUGGUAAUAUUUGAAAAAGUAUUUUUAAACCUUCACUUUGAAUGAAAAAAACUAUGAACUAAGCUUUUUUUUUUAUUUUGUUGCUGCUGUACGGUUUUGCUCAUUUUGUUAAACGAUCAAUGUACAAUUGUAUUUUUGUUUGCUUAGUUUCUGACUUUACUAUAAAUCAGUAAAAUGACUUUGGUGCCACUGUUUGAAUGCAGCCUAACAACAAAGACACAGGCAUGUGGAGGCACUCUCACCUACGCCGGCUUUAUUUUCACCAACACCAGAAAUAUACGUUACUAAAAUGGGACGUGCUGCAGGUGCACUCUAAAACUCAGAGACGAGAUCCUUGAAAGCAAUAUGAAGUUCUGUGCUGUAAAAUUCAUAAACAAAAGAUCCAAAUGGUGCGAUAGAAAUAUCUGAGAAGAACAGGCGAAUGUUAGAGGAAUGUUAGAAGAAUCCUUCUGUAGUAUUGCACAACCCCUUCAUUACAUUUACCUUAAUAUUACUAGCAGUUACCCUGUGAUUGCUACUGAGAAGCAUGCAACACUGUGCCUUCAUAAUAUCGCCCCGUAAUCCUUUUAACGGCCCGCCGUGAGAAACACUCUAAUUACUUUUUGUGGUCGGCUCUAGAAUGCUGCCUGGUUAUAAAACUACAAUAUCCCUCCCCCCCUCUCUUUAUACAUAUAUAUGCACACAUUAUAUUGCAAUGUUUAGAUUCUCAAAGAGAACAGUUUGGAUUCGUGUAUUUACGUAAUAUGCACAUGCCUCUUUGUUCACACACGUUACACAAAUGAUGAGAAAUGUAACUUAUUUCAAGCACAACGGGUUCUCUUUGUUAUGAACUGUGACAUACUGUACUAUUGAUAAUAAAUAUUUUAUACAUA